CACUUUAAAUACUCAUACUUUCUGUUUUCACAUACAGAGGCAUAAUGGAUUUAAAUGGCACGCUCGCAUGGCGCGAUUUGGGCACGCUGGCGCAGAGACUAUUUGGAAAUAACUCACUGUUUCCAUAUGAAAACAAUACUGCCGCUGUAAAUGCGGAGGGGGAAUACUUGGAUGUGAACACGGACGUUUACUCCAGGGUGAUAGUCACUGUCAUCUACGCUGCUCUGUUUGCUGUGGGCUCGCUGGGGAACUCCGUCACCCUGUACACCCUGCUGAGCAGAAAGACCCUGCAGAACCUCCAGAGCACGGUACACUACCACCUGGCCAGCCUCGCCGUCUCCGACCUGCUCAUCCUCGUCCUCUCCAUGCCCAUCGAGCUUUACAACUUCAUCUGGUUCCACCACCCGUGGGUGUUCGGGGACGCCGUGUGCAGGGGUUACUACUUCCUCCGGGACAGCUGCUCCUACGCCACCGCGCUCAACAUCGCCAGCCUGAGCGUGGAGCGCUACAUGGCCAUCUGCCACCCGUUCAAAGCCAAGAGCAUCAUGUCUCGCAGCCGCACCAAGAAGCUCAUCAGCGCAAUGUGGCUUGCGUCCUUCGCGCUCGCUACGCCGAUGCUCUUCGUCAUGGGCCAAAUGAUGCGUAAAGGCGAGAACAUAUGUACUGCUAUCGUCUCCCCUGUCACCAUUAAGACCGUGCUUCAGGUGAACGCAUUUCUGUCCUUUGUGAUACCCAUGGUGGCCAUAGCUGCACUGAACGGGGUCAUAGCAAAUCAGCUGCUGCGAAUGUUCCGCGAGGCAGAGCAAGAGAACCGUGUCUGCAUCGUUGAGGGAAAUCCCACCAUGCUGAACGCCACCGUGAAGCCCAACCGUGCUCAGUCGCUUCGCCAUGGAGUUCUUGUUCUCCGAGCGGUGGUCAUAGCCUUCGUGGUCUGCUGGCUGCCCUAUCACGCUCGCCGCCUCAUGUUUUGCUACGUCUCUGACUGGUCCGAUGACUUGUAUGACUUCUACCAUUAUUUCUACAUGCUGACCAACGUCCUGUUUUACGUCAGCUCGGCCGUCAAUCCGAUCCUCUACAACCUGGUGUCCGCCACCUACCGCCAGAUCUUCUUCUCCAUGCUGGGCUACUUCUGCAUGCCCUGCCGCCAAACACCCAAGGGGCACCGUCAUCCCCUAACCCGCCACUCCAUCAGUAUCUCCAGCAACCACACCCUCUCCACCAACAUCAUCAAAGAGACGGUGUACUGAUUGGGCUGCAACAGAAUGCACUUUAUCUACUAUAAAUCCAUCCGCUGCCACCUUGUGAUUAUUCGGCCAACUUAAUCAAGGAAGUUCUGAAACAGUUUGAGACGGUUGGCACAUCCAGUACUGGGAUCAUCAUCUUUGUCAUGUGGGCUCAUUUGGCCACUCUGAGUGCAUUGUGAUUUCAUUACAGAUGCACAUUUUAUUAUGUGUUAUUGUGUGUUGUGUCUUUAUUCAUUAAACAUCUCAAAAUCUCAAGGACUGCCUUCUUUCAUCUACGUAACAUUGCAAA